AUGACUUACCAAACUGUCGACUUCCUCGUAAAGGGCAAAGUACAAGGUGUCUACUUCCGCGUCUUCACGCGAGACGCCGCCCAACGGCUGGGCGUGGUAGGCUGGGUGAAAAACGACCCGUGCGGAGACGUCGUUGGAACGGCACAAGGCGAAGAAAGCGCGUUAGCCAAGUUCAAGGAAGCGUUGCAUGAGGGGCCAGCCCAGGCCGAGGUCGCCAGCGUCGAGUUCACCAACGAGGCACCGCUCGAAAGGUUGCAGUUCCAGGGGUUCGAAAAGGUUCGCAACCAAGCGCGAUAG